UGAGUUGGUGGGAGACAGAUGGAGGACAGCGACUCGUAAAGCCGUUAACGCCGACGCACGAGCGAGUGUGAAGAGACCGAGGAUGCAACAAAGACAGCCCGUGGAGGCGCACGAUGUCCGGGCCUGAACUGGAGACGUUUGUUGGGACUGUCACAGUUUCAGUGCGCGGUCGCAACAAAGCGAAAAGCGCACCCAGGACCCCCCCGCCGAUGAAAAGGGAGUUGAAUUGACAAUCGACGCGCUGUUAGAAAGAAAAAAAAAGGCAAUUAUUAAAUGUUCCCAAAAUAUAGUCUGCCGUCUUGACAACAAUGACCCGUUUGGACUGCGGGGUUCACGCUCUUGGACGCGGAGUCUCUCCCCUUCGCCUCUUCAUCGCACUUCUGACGGUCCUGGGACACUGCAACACCUCUGGACUAUCACAAGAACCAGAGAGAUUUCUGCAGGAUCUGCCCCAGUAUGAAGUGGUUCACCCCACCAGAGUGGAUGCCAGAGGUCACUUCCUGUCCAACUUCCUGUCUCACCAUGCUCGCCGUGUACAGCGGCGGGAAGCCUCCGAGGGACCGGCGGACAUGGAUCGGGUUUUCUACCAGCUGUGGCACGGCGGCCACAGUUUGCACUUUAACCUCACCCUCAACCCACACCUGCUGGCUCCGGGCUUCCUGACGGAGAGGAGGUAUGGCGGCCUGGAUGGGGCCCAGAUCCGCCCCGCCGGGUCCUCCCGGUGCUAUUUCUUAGGUGAGGUGUGGGGUGAGGCCGUCGGCAAAGGAAGCGCAGCCAUAAGCACCUGCGAUGGACUGACGGGACUGUUCAAGUUGUCCGGUGAAGAGUUCUUCAUUCGCCCUCUGGAGAAGUCGAGCGACGACGACGCCUCGGCGCCUCACUCCCACGCCAUCUACAAACGCCAAGCGUCCCCUCCCCCCUGGAGUCCGGUGGUACCGCCCGUCUCAGGGAAACAACCGCUCAACGGUACCUGUGGAAUCACGAAUUCCCAUCAAGGUUUCGAGGACGUUGAGAGGCAGCGGGAGCGGUGGGAGCACCGGCAGCAGAGACGAAGGAAGAGAAUCCGUCAGCGCUCGGUCAGCAAAGAGAAGUGGGUGGAAACGCUGGUGGUGGCCGACCCCAAGAUGGUGGAGCAUCACGGGAGCAAAGCUGUGGAAAGUUACGUCCUGGCUGUCAUGAACAUUGUGGCGGGUCUGUUCCGAGAUCCCAGUAUUGGAAACGCAAUCAACAUUGUGGUUGUUCGACUCGUCCUACUGGAGCAGGAUGAGGAUGACUUAAAGAUCACGCACCAUGCCGACAACAGCCUCCACAGCUUCUGUAAGUGGCAGAAGAAACUCAACAUGAAAGGAGAGGAGCACCCGCUGCACCACGACGUCGCGGUUCUGCUCACCAGGAAGGACAUCUGUGCAGCCGUCAACAUGCCGUGUGAGACGCUGGGUCUGUCCCAUGUGGCAGGAAUGUGCCAGUCGCAUCGCAGCUGCAGCAUCAGCGAAGACACCGGCCUCCCGUUGGCCUUCACUGUCGCGCACGAGCUGGGACACAACUUUGGGAUUCAGCAUGAUGGCAACGGUAAUGACUGUGAACCAAUUGGGAAACGACCUUUCGUCAUGUCUCCACAGCUCCUGUACGGCACCUCCCUGCCCAGGUGGUCACGCUGCAGUCGCCAGUACAUCACCCGCUUCCUCGAUCGCGGCUGGGGCUGGUGCCUCGACGAUGUCCCCGUGAAGGAUCAGCGCUCUCUGGACUCGGUGCUCCCCGGGGUUCUGUACAGCUCUGUCCAUCAGUGUCGGCUGCAGUACGGAUCCGGGUCCGUGCUCUGCGACGACGUGGACAAUGUGUGCAGCACGCUGUGGUGCACUGUGGGAACAACCUGCCACUCAAAGCUGGACGGGGCCGUGGACGGGACCAGUUGUGGGGAGGACAAGUGGUGUUUCAGUGGAGAGUGUGUGGCAGUUGGAUAUCAGCCAGAGGGCGUGAGCGGUGGCUGGGCUUCGUGGAGCGAGUGGUCGGCCUGUUCGAGGACGUGUGGGGUCGGAGUCCGGAGUGCCCACAGAGACUGUGACAACCCGGUGCCGAUGCACCGAGGGAAGUAUUGUUUGGGAGAGAGACGGAGGUACAAGAUCUGCAACACCACACCGUGUGCUCGCGACCUGCCCACCUUCAGAGACAUCCAGUGUGGUCACUUCGACACCGUGCCGUACAAGGGCAGGUUCUACAAGUGGGAAGCAGUCAUCAACAGAGUCAGCCCUUGUGAGCUGCACUGCCGUCCACUGGCUGAACAUUUUUCUGACAAGCUGCAGGAGAACGUCGCUGACGGGACGCCGUGCUACCAAGGCAACACAAGCAGAGAUGUGUGCGUGAACGGCAUCUGUAAGAAUUUAGGCUGUGACUAUGUGAUCGACUCCAGUGCUGUGGAGGAUCGCUGUGGGGUGUGUCACGGUAACGGCUCUACCUGUACAACUGUGAGGAGAACAUUUGAGGAGACCCAAGGACUCGGCUAUGUCGACAUUGGGCUGAUCCCAGAGGCAGCCUGGGACAUCCGCAUCGAGGAAGUGGCGGAAGCUGGGAAUUUCUUGGCGCUACGAAGUGACAACCUCGAGAAGUAUUUUCUGAACGGUGGCUGGACGAUUCAGUGGAACGGCGAGUACAAGGCAGCCGGGACGGUAUUCACCUACAAGAGGACAGGACACCUGGAGAACCUGACGUCUCCGGGGCCCACCAUGGAGCCACUGUGGAUUCAGCUUCUCUUUCAGGAGAGCAAUCCAGGAGUGCGGUACGAGUACACAAUUAGUCGAAACGUCUCGGAGAACAACAUCUCUGCGUCCGUUUUCUUCUGGAAAUAUGGUUCAUGGACUGAAUGCAGUGUGACCUGUGGAACGGGUGUUCAGAGGCAGAUUGUUCACUGUGUGGAAAAGACAACCGGCAUCGUGGAGGAGCACUUCUGUGAUCCUUUAACGCGGCCUGACGAUAACCAAACCAGUUGUAGCAAGGCUCCAUGUCCGGCUAUUUGGUGGGUUGGGGAGUGGCACAAAUGCUCGGCGAGCUGUGGGAGCUCGGGCCUGACUAAGAGGGCGGUGCUCUGCACCCGGGCAGUGAGUGCCGUGGAGCAGGAAGCCCUGCAGCCCGGUGAAUGUCAACACAUCCCCAGACCCGAGUCCCUAUCCUCCUGCAACACACACAUCCCCUGCCCGGCAGACUGGACCACGGGCAGCUGGUCGAAGUGUUCGCUGACUUGUGGAAGCGGAGCGCGUCGCCGCAACGUCACCUGCUCCAGGAACACGGGCGUCGAUUGCGACCCCCAGAAGAAGCCCCUUGCCGUGACUCCCUGCUACGCCCAGGACUGUCCACAAGUGGUGGAUAAUUUCGGAGGCUUCGACUGGUCUGGAAGCGGCUGGUCGAGCAAAGAAGUGCUCAAUGAAAUCGUCUCCAUACCUGAAGUCAAACCGCCUCCCAAACACAGCACCACCAGAGCCCAGCCCAGAAGUAGUGAUAAUCACGUCAACAACGUCGUCGAGGGAGAUUUUCACUAUCACAAUAACCUUGAAAAUGUCGACCGCUCUCCGGAAAACAGUGUUCAAGUCGACGAUUUUUACUACGACUACAAUUUCAUCAACUUCCACGAAGACUUGUCGGAUGACUUUGACGGCGAUGGGAAAGCGGAGGCCGAGCCAACCGGCGGAGCGAAAGAAAGUGCAACUACAAAAGCUCCUUCGGACAUUUUUACAUUUCCAAAGGCCACCGCCUACACUUUGGAGACUGAAGAGACUCGGAACACAAAUCUGGAUAACGCAAAGGACAAUGGCGACGCAGCAACAAAAGAGUCGAUGCAAACAAAUUCAGAAGAUUUGAAUGACCUUCUGUCUGAGGAUUAUCUCCUGCCGGUGUCUACCACUCGCUCGCCGCCGUUGUCGACGUCUGAUUCGGGAACGCCGAAAGAGAGACGCGAGGAGGACGUGUCGUGGCCCGAAAACCGGAGCACGACGUCUCGCCUGGUUUCCACAACAGAGGAGCCGACUACACGCGGUGUGAAAUGGGAGCAAUAUGGAAAGGAGGCUAAAAAUAACGAUGAGAUUUUCACUGAGGAUGUCGCCGUGACUCCUAAACACGACGCCUCCACCCCCGCACGCCGCACCGACAACGCCACUGUCGUUACGACCGCUAGUGCUCGGGAGACAGAGGGGGAGCGCGGUGAUUACAGCUACAAUGAAAAUGUCACGCUCGGCCCGGAUAUCUCUGCAGACCAGGAAGACGUAGAGAGUUCAGAACCUGUUGGCUCUCCCACGCCAGCGACUAUAAUUCAGGUUCAGACUGAAGUCCAGCUGGAAAAGAGUGCUUCAAAAAUACCUCAAACAACCAGUCAAUCAACAACCGCCUUCACAUUGGAGGAUCUGGACUUGGAUAAGACUAAUUUGAAUACAGUUUACGCCACUAGCGAGUGUAAUUCAUGGGAUACAGACCUUGACCUCGGCACGACCUCACUUCCGGCCUCCGAGGCAUCCACUCCUCUCCCCGUUCCCUUUCCACUGAACUCAGGCAACCGAGAGGCCUCCGAUGACUCCACGCCGUUAACUGGAACAGAAAUCCUACCACCCACAAACCUAGAGGGAGCCGCUCCGCCUGCUCCAGCUGAUUACCUGCCAGCGACGGGGAAACGGAUACCGACACGACCCCCAUUCACCGAAAGAACUGGAACGCGUUCCGCGUCUCAGGCGCCAUCGCCCGAUUCGGCCGAUUUCGACUACAACGAAAUAGUCGUUCUCCCGAUUGCGAGGAGCGGCAGCACUGAUCCGAGCCCCUCGCACCAGCUUCCGACUGACGUGGCCACCGCUCCUCAGCAUGGCACAGCACCAGGACAACGCAUGGAAGCGCCCACACCCGCUGGGCCCAUUUUGCCAACCGGUCCACCCGUUCUGUGGCCGCUUCCGGUGGCGACGUCCGCCCCGAUGUCAGCCUCCACGCGAGUCACUUCCGCUGCCUUCUGGGUCACCGGCAACUGGAGCGCUUGCUCCACCAGCUGUGGUCUGGGUGCCAUCUGGAGGACUCUGGCUUGUCACACUGGCCUCGACUCCGACUGCGAUCCUGCCAAGAGGCCCGCGCCAGCCCAGCGAUGUUACCUGCGUCCCUGCUCCACAUGGAAAGUAGAGGCAUGGACUAAGUGUUCCAAGAAUUGUGAAGGCGGCUUUAAAUCACGAGAGGUUCAGUGUUUCGACUUGCGGGACCAAAGGCCCCUCCGACCUUUCCACUGCCGGGCCAUGUCCUCCAGGCCGCACAGCCAAAUUACAUGUAACCUUCAGCCAUGCCUCGACUGGUACACCUCCUCCUGGGGGCAGUGCUCUGAGGUGUGUGGGGGAGGUGAGCAGCAGCGUAUGGUAACCUGUCCAGAGGAAGAACAAUGCGACGAGGACCUCCAGCCCAGCAACAUCCAAUCAUGCAAUAGCCAGCCAUGUGCUCAGUGGCUUACUGGAUCCUGGGGACAGUGUUCGGCUCAUUGCGGCGGCGGAGUUGAGCACCGACUCAUCAAAUGCGUGAACACAAAGGCUGAGACGGAGGAGGAGGUGGAUCAAGCUCAAUGUGGCCAUGAACGGCACCCUGAGAGCACCCAGAAGUGUAACCUACAGGAGUGCGAGAGCGCCCCCUCUGGAGCGCUUUGCCUUCGCGACCGGCUCACGUUUCGUUUCUGUCAGACGCUGCGCUGGCUCGGCCGAUGCCACUUGCCCAACGUACGAGCUCAGUGCUGCAGGACCUGCAGCCAGCGCUCCCGUUCCAGCCGCUGAGCUGCAGCAAAGUCACCGCUCAUCAUCAAGGAACACUGAUGGGGGGAGAGGGGGGGAAGAAAAGUCCACCUUUUUUAAGUCAACAAUCUGAGCCGUUUUUUUUUCUUUUUUCUUUCUUUCACCACUACAGACUAAUUAGAAAUUAGUCCAACUCCAAACGCUGCAUGUUUGUGCCGGGAGGUGUUAAUAUACAGGUCUGACAAAAUAACAAAGCAGCACCUCUAUCUAUCUAUCUAUCUCUCUCUCUCUCUCAGCAAAAUAAUGAGAAUGUAAAUAUUUGUUUGUCGUUUUUUUAUAUGAGUUGGUAAAAGAUGUGGCGCGACAUAAGGGCUUUUCUACCGAUGUAGUCGGCUUACAAAUGCAUUAUUACACAUGUAGAUAAAUCACUCAUUAACCUUCACGGUUGGUACAAUGCUUUCAUUUGAUUGACAGCAGCAGAAAUUGAACAGAUUAAAACAGACAGGUAAGCCUAAACAAUGUUGCAAUGUGUUUUAUUUUUUAUAAUGUGGUACAAAUGUUGUGAAGCAAAAAGAUUAGUGGUGCAUAAAUGCCUCAUGUGAUACUUAGAAAUAAUUGACCGUUUGCUCCUCGCCCCCUUAGUUACUGUUGCUACACCUGUCAAAGCUUGUUGACCUUCUCGGCUUUACCAUUUAAAUUGCAGUAACACUGACGAAGCAGCAGGAAGCCUCUGUGUUGUAAAAGGCUUCUUUGUUGCUUUUGAACAUUGACUCUCUUUUCCUCCAGCAUCUGUACACACGAACCACAUGGGAAACCAGAUGCAGAUUCAUAAUUUACUUUUAAUGUGUAUAAAAAUAUAUAUAUAUAUUACACGUGCCUUAUAUAUAAUGUAUAAAGGGCUAUUUCUUUUGUGUUAUAAAGUACUUAAGUUUACAGGUUAACGCUGGGAACAUGAAAUGUAAGUAAGGUUCAUAUGCUUCCUUCAGUCAGAUGUCUCAAAUUCUCAGGAUUCAAUUACUCAUACGAUAGGCCCCGCCCUCAUUGGUUACCGACCAGUAUAGCAGCUAAAAGGGCACCUGAAGGCUCUUUCUCAGCUCUUCUCCUAAUUGGCUUCAGCAAGAGUUUGAUUGACAAGCGGUUCAUGCGACCACUUCCCUCCCCCUUCUCCAAACAGUCGGCUCUGUUUAUUGAAACCAUCUGGCGGCUAAGGUUCGCUCUUUUGGGCCCCACUGAGGUAGAUCUGGGUGUUGUUGUUUUUUAUAUAUGAGCCACUUAGUAAACUUUCCUCUGAAAAAUGGAAUUCCAUUUACGAACAUAUUGCAGGGAUUACGCAAGCAGUUUCACUUUUGAUUUCCUCUCAAUUUAGUUUAGUUAGACUUUAUUUCUGCUCCUUUUUUCUGUUUUUAGAGAUGUACCGAUGGUCGAUUUCCAAGCACAGAAUCAAGACUCUAGCCAAACGAUCUCGUAGCACAAUCCCACUGUAAAGUUCAUAGAAAU